UGUCCAGCGGAAUUUGAGUUCUGCGGGGAAGUCCCUGAAGGUCCAUGUGAGGAGAAGCCAGAACUUCCAUAUUCCAAGGACUGGUGAUUUGAGAAGAAAUAUGGCAUUCCAGGAGUGGAUAUCAUUUGAGGAUGUGGUUGUGGACUUUACCUGGGAGGAGUGGCAAGACCUGGAUGGUGCUCAGAGGACCCUGUACAGGGAGGUGAUGCUGGAGACCUAUAGCAACCUGGUGUCCUUGGGGCAAUGUGUCACCAAACCUGAACUGAUCUUCAAACUGGAGCAAGAAUCAGAAAUGUGGAUGGGAAAAGAACCCCCAAACCAGAGCCCACCAGAUGUGCAGAAAGUGGAUGUAAUAAUUGAGACCCAUGAGGAAAGUCGACAUGGACAUUUGAGGCAAGCUGUAAUUAGAAAGAACACACCAACUAAGGAGAGAGUUAUAUUAGGACAUACCUUUCAUUUGAGUUCCAACCAUAUUUCAAAUUUGAUUGUAAAGAAUACAUGCUCUUUAGAAGUGAAGCCCAAGGGGUUGAAUGUAUGUCAGGACAUGCAUCUUCCUAGUAGGCCUGAGGGGGUGUAUGCUGGAGAGAAACACUAUCAGUUUAAUCAGUAUGGAAAAUACUUUGUGCAGAAGUCACACCUCACCAAGUGUGAGAUAAUUCACAUAGGGGAACACCGCUAUCAGUGUAAUCAAUGUGGAAAAAUGUUUGGCCAGAAGUCACAUCUUACUUACCAUGAGAUGACUCAUACUGGGAAGAAGCCCUAUCAGUGUAAUAAAUGUGGAAGAACCUUUGGCUGGAAGUCACACCUCACCCAGCAUGAGAGAAUUCACACUGGGGAGAAGCCAUAUCAGUGUAAUCAGUGUGGAAAAACCUUUGGCCAGAAGUCACACCUUACUGACCAUGAGAUAAUGCAUAGUGGUGAGAAGCCCUAUCAGUGUAUUCAGUGUGGAAAAACCUUUGGCUUGAAAUCACAACUCAAGCAUGAGAUAAUCCACACUGGGGAGAAGCCCUAUCAGUGUAAUCAAUGUGGAAAAUCCUUUGGCUUAAAGUCAUACCUCACCAUGCAUGGGAGAAUUCACACUGGGGAGAAGCCCUAUAAAUGUAUUCAGUGUGGAAAAUCCUUUGGCUGGAAAUCACAACUCACUAAUCAUGAUAGAAUUCACACUGGCAAUAAGCCCUAUCUGUGUAAUCAGUGUGGAAAAACCUUUGGUUUGAAGUCACAACUCACAAAGCAUGAGAGAAUUCACUCUGGGGAGAAGCCCUAUCAGUGUAGUAAGUGUGAAAAAUCCUUUCGUCAGAAGUCAAGCCUCACUAUACAUGAGAUAAUUCACACUGGGGAAAAGCCCUAUCUGUGUAAUCAGUGUGGAAAAACCUUUGGCCAGAAAUCACACCUCACUGAGCAUGAGAGAAUUCAUACUGGAGAAAAACCCUAUCAGUGUAAUCAGUGUGGAAAAACCUUUGGUUGUAAGGCACAACUCACCAAGCAUGAGAGAAUUCACACUGGAGAGAAGCUCUAUCAGUGUAAUCAAUGUGGGAAAUCCUUUGUCUUGAAGUCAUACCUCACCCAGCAUGAAAAAACUCACACUGGGGAGAAGCCCUAUAAGUGUAAUCAGUGUGGAAAAACCUUUGGCUUGAAGGCAUGCCUCACUAUGCAUGAGAUAACUCACACUGGGGAGAAGUCCUAUCAGUGUAGUCAGUGUGGUAAAACCUUUGGCCGGAAGUCACACCUCACUGUUCAUGAAAUAAUUCACACUGGGGAGAAGCCCUAUCAGUGUAGUCAUUGUGGAAAAUCCUUUAGCCAGAAGUCAGGACUCACUAUACAUGAGAUGAGUCACACUGGGAAAAAGCGCUAUCAAUGUAAUCAGUGUGGAAAAACCUUUGGCCAGAAGUCACACCUUUCUGACCAUGAGAUAAUGCACACUGGGGAGAAGCGCUAUCAGUGUAAUGAAUGUGGGAAAACUUUUAGCCGAAAGUCACUCCUCACUAUACAUGAGACAAUUCACACUGGGGCGAAGCCCUAUCAGUGUAAUCGAUGUGGAAAAAGCUUUGGGCAGAAGUCACAACUCAUUAAGCAUGAGACAAUUCAUACUGGGGAGAAGCCCUAUCAGUGUAACCAAUGUGGGAAAACCUUUGCCUGGAAGUCAUACCUCACUGAGCAUGCUAGAAUUCACACUGGCAAGAAGCCUUAUCAAUGUAAUCAAUGUGGAAAAACCUUUGGCCGGAAGUCACACCUCAACAGGCAUCAGACUACUCACAAGAGAGGAGUCUUUUGAAGGUAGAAAUGCUUCCUCAGAAAUAAAACCUCAGGAAACAUCAGAGAAUGCAUGCUGUGGGAAAAUAUGGCAGAGACUAGGAAUAUGUCCUCCAAGACAGAUUUUCUCAGAUACAGCAAGCUUUUCUCUGCCUCUUCCUGUGGCCAGCAUUUCACAGAUCUCUGUGGAGAUACAGACACAAGUGAUGAACUUUCCUUCCAGGCCUGGAAUGUAACAAUGACCUUGCAGUCCUCCCAGACUUGGGUUGGAGUCCUAGGUGUCUUAAGUCACUGUGAUUUAAGAUAGAAAUAAAGAGAACAGAGAA